GCAAAAAAUAAAAAAAAAAUAAAAAAAGAAAAGAGAAAAAAGCAGAACAAAUAUCCAAAUAAAGAAAAGUUCCAAAUUUUUCAAGCUGAAACUAUGCUCGAGAUGUUCGAAUCACAACAACAAUGACAACGCUCGCAUCAAAGAGUAAACUACAAAAACCAACACGUUCCAACUGCUACUGCGGUGCAACUGCAUCCACGGAGGCACCAGCACCAGCAGCAGCAGCACCAGCACCAGCAGCAGCAGCGGCAGCGGCAGCAGCAGCAGCAGCAGCGGCAGCAACUGAUACCAAAUCGAUGUGAACUAAAAUCGUAUUCGUAAUCUUGAUUUCGAAGUGCAAGUGCUGACAGCAAGUGCAACAAAUCGCCAAAAUAUCUAGUUUUAAAUUUCAGUAACAACGCCUCGCCUCGCCUCGCCUCGAUUUUCGAGCUAUUUAUUUUGCUUGCAUUGUUUUUGCCCAAACUCAGCCUCCCGUUGUGCCAAUUCAUUUACGCACACACACACACACACACACACACACACACACACCCACACUCACACUCAUGGGCGCCUGCCUACACUUUCGCCCCCUUUUGAAAGUGAGCGAUUGCUCUCGAAUUUCAACUCCGUUCGCUGGCUUUGAGCUUUAAGCUCCCAAUUGGAGGGCAGCGAUAACGAUAACGAUAACGAUAGCGAUAACGAUUUCUGAGCGGCAAUUCACAAAAACGUUGAUAAGACGGCGAUCCUUAAUCGAUCCGAUAAUAGCAAUGCAGUAUAGGCCAACAUGGGUUCACAGACCUUGGAGAUACUGCGCCAGGGCGUGUGGGCCUCACUGACCGGCGGCUAUUUUUACGAUCCGCAUCAGGGCGUCUUUUGCAAUGUGGUGCAUCUGUAUCUGUGGCUCUACCUGCUCUGUUCGCCCUUUGUCGCCUACUUGUACUUUCCAAGCACAUGGCUGACCUGGUGCCUGUAUUGUGCGCUAACCAGCAGCACCAUAUUGCUGGUGAAGCUAAUCAAUUUGGCGCUGCAUCGGCUGUACGAUCGGGCGCAGACCAUGUCCGAGGUGAAUCUAAAAAGUCAAUUUUUCAAAGUCACCAAGGAAUCAGCGGAUCAGCCCGAUCCCGACGAGGAGAACGGCAUCGAGAUGAAAGUGAUGCGCGCCAUCGGCGGCAACGGCUCCCAUCUGUCUGUGGAGCAGGCCAUCAACGAGGCCAGCGAGGAGAACAGCAUCAUGUCCAUUGACAAUGUGAACAGCAUUAUUGAUCUCAAAGUCGAUGUGCAUCGAAAGAACAGCUCAGAGUCCUUUGAGCUCAUGUUCUAUGCGCCGUCGAUGCUCUCCGCUGGCAGCCAACAAGAUCAGCAAUCGAUCGCUGGCUCCGCCAGCGUUAGCAAAUCCAUACGAUCCACCAUUGCCGCCGCUGCACAGAAUAAUCUAUCUGCGAACGAGCUCUUCACCAAGUAUCUGGCCGUCUAUCCGGAGAUGGUUGAGGUUGUUGUGCCCGGUGCUGACGGCAACGGCGCCGGCGGCACCAGCACUGCUGCAGCGGACACCACCAGCCGUUCCACACCCAACUCAACCGCAGCAGCAGCAGCAGCAGCAGCAGCAACAAGCGGCGGCAGCAGCACGGGCACAACCACAGUCAGCACGGGCCGCACGGGUCACUUGUCGCGCAAAUGCUCGGAGGUAUUCAGUCGGCGGCAUCGGCGGCGGCUCGAGCGUCAGAGCAGCCUCGAUGCUGGUGCCGCGGAGCCGACAUUUAGUGCCAAGCUAAUGCGCAAUCAGUCGGAUACCAUUGCCACGACGACGACGACAACAACAACAACAGCGGCGGCAGCGGCGGCGGCAGCGCCCAGUUUCCUGCACACGAAGGCGGUGCGGCCGGGGGGGGCCAAUCCGCGACAGCAUUUCAUGGCCAAUAACGCACAGGCAGGCACAGCUGGAGCUGCAGCUGCAGCUGGCAGCGACACUGCGUCCACAUCCUCUGCCGUCAUGGUUAUGGCCCAGCCAAAUACACGUUCCUCACGCCUGCAGCGACAUCGCAGCUCGGAAACGCACGACGAGCGCUUGAAGCACCAGAGCCGCGCCGGCCUGUUCCAGUCGAUGCAGCAGCAUUCGCAUCUCCAGCACCAUCAUCUCCAGCAGCAACAGCUGCAGCAGCAGCAUGCACAGCAUCAAAAUGCCAGCAGCAUUGGCAGCAUUGGCGUCAACGAUGUGGAGGACAUGGAGCUGGGACUGGGUCUCGGUCGCAACGCUGCCAAUGAUGCCUGCAAUCGUGCGCUCCAGUCCUGGAUAUUAGAUUCGUCGUCGGAUGUGUACCUGGAGGAUGAUAGCUAUACCAAAUCCGAUUUGGGCAUUGAGCAGCAGCCGCAUCAGGCGCCAUUUCGGGCCCAGCAUCAUCAUCACCAUCAUCAUCAUCAUCAUCACCAUCAGCUGCAUCACAAUCCCCUGCAUCAUCAUCUGGGCAGCGGAAUUGUGCGCAAGGAUCCCAACAGCACAAUGUCUGCCCUGCAGCUGUGCGCCUCCAGCAGCUCGUGCACGGGCCGCAAUUCCAGCGAUUCCGGCCACGUUCUGGCCGAGGUGAGCAGCAGCAGCGGCGGCGGCGGCGGCGGCACUGUCAGCGGCGGCGGCGGCGGGGGCAGCAGCGGGCGCAACGGGAGCAACGGGAGCACGGCCGCAAUGAAGCGUCGACGACAUUCCAAUGCAACCAGCUAUCACAAGCAGAAUAGCGCACAGGCCGGCGGCGGCGGCGGCGGCUCCAAGUCGACGCUGUUGUCGUCCGGCGGCCAAACGGGCGGCGGCGGCGGCGGCAACGGUGUGCGUCGCAUUAAGAGCGCCGCUCUGGAGGUGCUUUGCCCGCAGCCGUCCGUCUCGAAUCUGAGCCCGCAUCCGAACAGCGUGGAGGCCAUCAGCGGGCAGCAGCAGCUGCGUAAUCCUUUGCCGCCGCCAAGUAAGAGUCUGGUGCGCAAUCAGCUGCUGAAUUUGUAUCCGCCACGUCUGGUCGAUCAGAAUUAUGCGGAAAGCUGCAGCAGCGUCAUCUUUGGCAGCUCCAGCGCCAGCGCCUGCGGCUCAACGACGGCGCUCAUCGAGCCGCCCGUUUAUCCCAUUGUCGAGCAUCUGGAUGAGAAGACGGCCGAUGAGUCGCCCGGCGGCGGCGCACGGCCGAACGAUGAUCACGAUGAAACGGACCAGGUCAACGGAGGACAUAGACACGAUGAUGAGGACCACGACGACGACGAGCUGGACGAUGUGCCGCUGAGGCGACGCACACGCGCCCUCGGCUGCAGCCAGACGACGCAUCACAGCGCCGAGUCGGAUGUGGGCGGCAUUUUGGCCGAUGACGAUGACGAUGAUGUCUUCAAGGAUUUUGAUGACAAUCUCGAGCACAUACUCAGCGAACUGCAGCAGACGCACAGCCAACUGGACGACGUGCUCAAGAAGUGUGAGCUCUAUGCGGCGGGCACAGCCGGAACGGGCGCUGCAUCAGCCACAAAGGCAGCGACUGCAUCCGAUGACGAGGAGACGGACAACAAUACGGGCUCACGAUCGCCGCUGCUCAGCAAUCGGCAGCAGCAGAGCGCACGCGAACAGGCCGCCGAGCAGGCCAUGCGCCAGGAGCUAUCCUUGCCCGCGUUGCAGCAACAGCUCCAACAGCAACCCGCGACGGCUGCGCAGAGUCGCAGCCAGCUGAUACGCAGCGAGGCCGAUUCGGGCUGUCCGUCCAGCGACUGUGAGCAGGUGAGCGCCAGCUCUAAGGAUCAGCUGCUCGCCGGCAUGGAGCAGCUGCCCCAGCCGCAGCCGGAGCAGAACGGCGACGAGGCUGAGGCUGAGGCUGAGGCAGAGGAUGAGGAGCAGCCGUGCACAUCACGAAUGGCCGCCAGAAGCCUGGGCGCCAUACCGAAGGUACUCAACUAUCGCGAGGUGGACGAACUGCGUCGAAGGCGCGCCAACGCCACCGUCGAUGCCAGCAACCAGCUGGAUCUGGCGCUCAUCAAACAGCAGCAGCAGCAGCAACAGCAGCAGCAGCAGAAGCUUGCGUCGCGCAACUCCUCAACGUCGAACUCGACGCACAGCAUCAGUCUGACGGAAAGCCUCACCGCGGACAUACACAAGAUGCUCUGGCUGAUGCACGGCGGCGCUGUCGAUGAUCGCGGCCGUCCCAUAGCCGGCAUAUUGCCGGAUGGCACGCCGGUGCCGGCAAAUCCCAGCAUUGUGCCACCGAACAUGUCCAGUGCGCAUUUCCAGUUCUAUCAGGAUGCCAUCCAGGCGCUGCAGAGCAGCUAUCCCGCCUCCAGCUCUGUGGAGCAUAUGACGCACAUCGAGCUGGCGCUGGCGCGCGACAAACGCUGCAUGGACGCCAAGCGGGUGAUUGAGAAAAUGGCCGCGCUGUCAACGGGCGGCGGCGGCGGCGGCGGCGGCGGCGAGGCGCGCACUAGCUCACAGGCGCCGGCGCCGCCUCCAAACGCAGCUCUGGGCAUGCUCAUGGGCAGCUCGACGCGCGCUGGCAAUGCGACGACAACAGCGGGAGCGGGCGCGGGAGCGGGAUCAGCAACAACUGGCACAGGCACAGCCAGGUCACUCCAGGGCAUGUUCAAUAUGAUGCGCAGCGAAUUGCAGGCGGCGCGCACAGAUGCACUGCAGCAGCAGCUAAACGAGGCGGUCGCAGCGGCCACCGGCACCGCAGUUAACCUGCCACCGGACGCCGCCGCCAGCCGCCAGCAGCAGUCACAGCAGCAACAGUUGCAGUCACAGCUCGGCCAGCCGAUGCUCAAUGUGGAUGGUCAUUUUGCGCCGUAUUGCGACUAUUGGCGACCCGCCUGCCUGCUGGCCGCCGAGAAGACGGUGGUGCCCAAAAGUUUCUACAAGUAUCGAUUCAAGUGGUGCGGCCAGGAGCAUGAGUUCAAAAUCGCCAUGGAUCGCUUGGAGCUAUUGGCACUGUUCGAUCGUGAUCUGCAUUGGCUGCACGUACUUCUCGCCUGCGUGCUAUGCACGCUGGUCGCCUGUUUGGGCGCCGCAAUCUUGCAGCACAACUACUACAAGGAUCUGUGCGUGCUGCUCUUCUGUGCGGUCAUCGCGAGCGCUCAAUAUUCGCUGGUGAAGAGCGUCCAGCCGGAUGCGGCAUCGCCGGUGCACGGCUUCAACAAGACGGUCGCCUAUUCGCGGGCCAUUUACUUUUGUUUGUGCGGCGCAUUGCUGUUGCUGCUGAAGCGUCUGGACACGGAAUAUGCGCAGAGACCGCCGACGCCGCCCUCGCCGCCGCCGCCGGAGGCGUUCAUAUUCUUUGGCAUACAAUAUGCGCCGGCAUAUGUGGUCGGAUUGCUGCUGCAGUCGCUCUAUGUGCUGCUCCUCUGCUUUCCGAUCAUCUUCUCGGUGGGCCUGUGCCCGCAGAUCAACACGUUUCUCAUGUAUCUGCUCGAGCAGCUCGAUAUGCAUCUCUUUGGCGGCAAUGCGGCGAGCAGUCUGCUGGGCUCAUUCCUUUGCCUGCUGCGCUCCGUGCUGGCCAUCCUGUUGCUCUACGGGCCGCUGUACGCGGCUUUGGACGAGCGUCGCGGCACUCAGUAUAUACUCUUCUCCAUAUUCUGCGCCAUGCUCAUACCGUUGGGCUAUCAUUUGUCGCGCUCGGCCAGCGAUUUCAGUCAUCUGUGGCGGCUCAUCAAGACCUGCAUCGUGAGCACCUAUCGCGACGACGACGACGAGCUGACCAAUGCCCGCAAACGUAGCCAAGCCGGACAGCAGCAGCGGGAGCAGCAGCGGGAGCAGCAGCGGGAGCGGGAGCGGGAGCUGAGACGCGGCAAGCGACAGUCAUCGGAGCCGACGUCACGCCAGCCGGAGCUCAGCUCGAUGGCCAACAGCAAUGAGCAUAUCGAGCUCAGCUCGCUGGAAAAGCUGGCCAUGGGCGAGGAGCAGCAGCAGCAGCAGUCAGAACGGGAGCAGAACGAGCAACAGGAGCAGGAGCAGGAGGAUGAGCAUGAGCAUGAGCAUGAACAGGAGGCUCAAGCGGAGGCACAGCUGGAGCUGCAGCUAGAGCACAAGCAUCGAAGCAAAUCGAAGGCUUCGUCGCUGGGCAGCAGCCAAACGCUGGCCAAGACCAUCGGCAGCAGCAAACGCGCCAUGACCGCCUCCAGCUCAUACGCCUCCAUUGGAGGCGUUGAGGAGCAGCCAGCCGCAGCAGCAGCAGCAGCUGUCGCUGAGCUUGUGAAGCGGGCGCGCAGUCAGGAGAACGUGUACGCGGCAAAGCCAACCAGCAGCGAGGAUGUCCUGGAUGACAAAAUGUCCAGUUCGUCGACAACGAAUCCCGGCGAUAUGUCAACAUUGACCGCCGGCGCGGGCACCGCCAACACAGAUAUCGAUGCCACCGCCAUGGACGUUGAAACGGAUGAUCAUGAUCAUGAUCAUCAUCGUCAUCAUCAUCAUCAUCAUGAUGAUGAUGAUAAUAAUGCCGGCAUCGAGCUGGACAACAGCGAGCUGCUGGACAACGAACAGGAACAGGAACAGGAACAGGCGCCCGAUCCGUUGCCGCGCAAAUUGCAGGCAACUGUAACGACGCGCCUAAAGAACGAUCUGGUCGUGAUGACUUUGCUCGGCGUCAGUGUCCUUGUGCUGCACUGUAGCACCGUUUUCACCGUCCUCCAGCCGGAUCUCAAUGUGGUCCUCUACGUAUUUAUCGGCACCCUUGGCGUCCUGCUCCACUAUGCCGUGCCACAGAUGCGCAAGCAUAUGCCCUGGCUGUGCUUCGCCCGGCCGCUGCUGCGCCAAAAGGAGUUCGGACAGUUCGAGGUGCUAAAUGCGCCGCAAAUCAUGUGGUUCGAGAAGUUCUACAUCUAUCUGAGCGUCCUCGAGCGCAAUGUGCUCUUUCCCUUGUUGGCCAUCUCAUCGCUGACCGCCGAUUCGCAGCACAUUGUCGACAAGUUUGGCGUUCCUUGGGGCACGCUCAUUGUCGCUGUUUGCGCUCUCAAAUUUGUGCGUAAUGCGUACUCGGAUCCGACGAACCAAUAUCUGAUUAUUAUAUUCACCGUGCUGCUCUUUCGCAUUGAUUUCGCGAUGGCAACGGAAAGUUUCAUCAUCGACUAUUUUUUCGUAUCGCUCGCUUUUCGCAAGUGCUGCGACUUUCUGCUCAAGUUGCAGUUCAUUGUGACGUACAUUGCGCCGUGGCAGAUCACAUGGGGCUCGGCAUUCCAUGCCUUUGCCCAGCCGUUUAGCGUGCCGCACUCGGCCAUGCUGUUCCUGCAGGCGGGCAUCUCGGCGCUGCUGUCGACGCCGCUGAAUCCGUUUCUGGGCAGCGCCAUAUUUCUCACCUCGUAUGUGCGUCCGGUUAAGUUCUGGGAGCGCGACUACAAUACGCGUCGCAUCGAUCACUCGAACACGCGGCUCAGCUCGCAGCUGGAGCGCGAUCUCGGCGCCGAUGACAACAAUUUGAAUAGCAUCUUCUACGAGCAUCUGACCCGGUCGCUGCAGCAUUCGCUGUGCGGCGAUCUGCUCAUGGGUCGCUGGGGCAAUGUCAACCAGGGCGAUUGCUUCGUGCUCGCCUCGGACGAUCUGAAUUGUUUGGUGCACAUCAUUGAGCUGGGCAACGGUCUGUGCACGUUUCAGAUGCGCGGCCUUGAAUUUCGCGGCACCUAUUGCCAGCAGCGCGAGGUGGAGGCCAUUACGGAGGAUGUCGAGGAUAACGAUGGCUGCUGUUGCUGUGAUCCCGGCCAUUUGCCGCGCCUGCUCAGCGCCAACGCCAUGUUCUCCACACGCUGGCUAGCGUGGCAGGUGGUCGCCGCCCAAUAUGUCAUCGAGGGCUAUUCCAUAUCCGAUAACCUGGCCAGCGCCACCCUGCAGGUCUUCGAGUAUCGCAAAGUGCUCAUCACCUACUACAUUAAGAGCAUCAUCUACUAUGUGGUGCGUAAUCCCAAGCUGGAGCAGUGGCUGGCCUCGGGUCCCAUACAGGAGGCACUGCAGCAUACGCUGAGCCGUCAAUUUGUCGAUCUCGAUCCCAUAUUCAAUUUCAAUUUGGAUGAGGAUUUCGAUUUUCGCGCCGUCGGCAUAACACGCUCCAGCUUCUGCUAUGUCUACCUCAAGUGGAUCAACUAUUGCGUGGACAAGCGCAAGGAGGCGCAAGCCGCCAAGGAGCCAACGGUGCCAACGGUGCCAACGGUGCCAACGGUGCCGACGAUGCCGACGAUGCCGACCGUCAAGGAGCCAGCGCCGCCGGCUGCAGGAACGCCCACGGUCGCCGCGGCGGUGGUGAUGGUGCCGGAGCCGCCGCCGCCGCCGCCACGUCCACCGCGUCCGCCACCCCUAAGCAUAAGCACAGCGGUAGAGCAGGCGCCAGCCAGUGUCCAAGCGCUGGCUGGAAGCAAUCCGAGCAAUCCGGGCGCAGUCACGGCGAAUAGCACGCCCGCGCACAACGACUCGAAGAGCACGCCGAAUCUGUCCGCGCACGGCGUUACCAGUGCGCCCCAAUCCAAGUCGCAGUCGCAGCAGCAGCUGCGCAGCGUCCGGCCACAGAAGAGCGCCACAAUGAGCGGCGGCAAUGCGGCGCAACAUGGCGUCCAUGUCCAGCCGGAGGGCAGCGUUUCGGGCAAUGUCGAUCAGCUGAGCAGCUCGCACAGCUUUGCCAAUAUCUCGCGUCAGACAUCGGAGAGCGCGCCCGGCCUGGGCGGCUAUGUGGCCUAUAUGGAUCAGAAUGUGUUCGUUAAGCUGGCCAAGACGACAACUACGGCAACGACAACAACAGCGACGGGCAAAUCGCAAAUGCUGCGCAAGGAGGAUUCGCCGCGCCUGCAGCCGACUAUCAAUCAGCUGGAUGGCACAAAUCUGACCACAAUAAUGCCCAGCACGGUGCCAUCGAUGACAACAACGCGUCCGACACCGAAGCCGCGUGCCCAGAGCGUCAACAAGGAUGCGCCGCUGGUGUCGCUAUGUUUGGCCCUCGGCCUGUUGGCGCGUCGCUCCCUGGCCACCGCGUCGCACAGUUCGCUGACGGGCGUUGAGUUCUUCUUGCACGGCCUCCAUGCGCUCUUUAAGGGCGACUUUCGGAUUACGUCGCCGCGCGACGAAUGGGUCUUUGCUGACAUGGAGCUGUUGCAUUCGGUGGUGGCGCCCGCUGUUAAAAUGGCCCUCAAAUUGCAACAGGAUCACAUCACAAAUCCGGAUGAGUUUCAUGAUCCGCUCGCCCUAUACGAGGCCAUCGACAAUUGCUCCAAGGAGCUGGUCAUCUCGCACGAAGCGGAUCCCGUUUGGCGCAGCGCCGUUCUGCGCGGCGCACCCAAUUUGCUGGCCCUGCGCCACGUCAUGGAGGACGGCUCCGAUGAGUAUCGCAUCAUCCGGCUGACCAAGCGAUUUCUCAGCUUUCGCGUCAUCAAACUGAAUCGCGAAUGCGUGCGCGGCCUCUGGGCCGGCCAGCAGCAGGAGCUCAUCUAUUUGCGCAAUCGCAAUCCGGAACGCGGCAGCAUACAGAACGCCAAACAGGCGCUGCGCAACAUCAUCAAUUCCAGCUGCGAUCAGCCCAUUGGUUAUCCCAUUUAUGUUUCACCGCUGACCACAUCCUAUGCGGACACAAAUAGCCAGCUCUGUCAGGUGAUUGGCGGCGCCAUUACCCUCGAUACGAUCAGGCAAACGCUGUUCGAUUGGUGGCAUCGCAUACGGCAACGCUGCCGUCAGGGCUGCAGCUCCGGCUCCGCCAUGGAGGCAUCUAUGCAACUGGGCGCCGGCGGCGCCGCCUGCAAUUUCGGCAGCGGCGGCAGCGUCGUCGGCACCGGCACCGGCACGGGCACGGGCUCCAUUUCCAUUGCAGGCUCAACUGCCGUUGGAGGCGGUGCAGCGGGCAUCGCGACGAGCACCGGAGUCACCGGAGUCGCCGGGCAGACGGGCAGCGCACCCGGCACGGCCAGCAGCACCGGCGGCGAAUCGAGCGCGGAUCUGGCGCCGGUUUUCAUUUCGGCGCCGCUCUACAAUACGCUCACCGUCAACAGCUACUACGGCCAUGUCCGGCCGGGCAAUGUGCCCGGCAGCCUCGCCGGCAGCUAUGUCGGCGAUACGCUGGCCGUCGUCCGCGGCGGCCUAGCCGUAAUGCCGGUCAAGCCCACCUCGACCACGCUCAUCGCUGGCCUGCUGAAUCGCGAACGCGACCAGGAAUCGGCCUCCGGUUCAACGUUGCGCGCCAGCGGCAGCAGCGGACCGCGUGCCCGCAGCAGCGGUGCCGCCGCCGGACAGCUCCAGGGUAGCAGCCGACGCGCCACACUGCCCAUUGCUGCUGCUGGCGGCGCCGAUGCGAAUCCGGAUUUGGCCGAACAGGAGUCCGCCAGUCCGCGCUCCAACAAGCUGCUAACCGGCUCGUCCGGCAGCCUGGGCGUCGGCAAUAUCAUAACCACGCCCGGCGACUAUCCGCGCAAGACCAAGGGACCCAUUUGCCUCAUGGCCAGCGACUCGCCAGCCUCCGGCAGCACCAGCGCCGCAUCAACAACAAUAACAACGGCUGCAACAUCCGCAUCCGCAUCUGCAUCGAAUGUUCAGCAAACUCCGCGCAAGCCGCGCAUCGAUAUCUACAGAAAGGUCAUCAUUGUGGACGAUACGGGGAUCUACGACUGCCUGGACAUCAUCGAUGCCGUCGUCUGGCCGACGGAUCAUAUGCGCGCGAAUGGAGGCCGACUCAGCUGGAAGGAUUGGGAGCCGACGGCCGGGAUGGUGGGUCAUGUGGUGCACGUAUGGGUUCCAAAUCACAAGGAUGUGCUCUUUCGUUCGCAUAUCAAUCGCUGUGUGUAUCUGAUCGAGAUCGGGGAGCACUAUGUGCCCGUCGAGGAGCUGGGCCUGCGCGAAUACAAUCAGAUAUUGGGCAGCAGCAGCGAGGAGAUGGCCAACUCCAGGCGCAGCUCCAUACAGCGCGACUUUCACGAAUACAAUAUGCAACUAAAGCUGGCCGGCCUGACGCCCAUCCUGGGGCCCAGCACCAGCAGCAGCAAGAUGCCCAAAAUACGCGCCGUCAGCAGCAGCUCCUCCGACGACGAUGACGAUCCAGUUGCCACGACAACGACUGCGACGACGACUGCGACGACGACGACUGCGACUGCAACUGCGACGACGACUGCGUCGACGACUGCGACUGCGACUGCGACUGCGGCUAAGGAUUUGGUUGACUCUGGGGCUGGUGGAGCAGCUGCUGUUGCGUCGAUUUCGCUGCCGCCUGGCGUCAAUUUCAAUACGCUGCUCAACAUGUGGAAACUGAUUGCCGACAAGAAGAAGCAGGCAAUCAAUAUUGAUACAACGGAGCCAUUCGCGGCAUUCGAUUAUACGGGCGAGCUGCCGCCGGAGCUGAUGCGUGAGCUGGAGGCGAGCCGAUUGGCGCAACAGCAGCAGCUAGAGGAGCAGCAGGAGGAGGAGCUGCGCAAGCAUUUGCAACAGCUGGAGGAUGAGGCGGCGGCGGCGGCAGCGGCGGCGCAGCAGCCAAAUGUUAUACAGACGCCGCCAAGCGAGGAGCUCUCGCUGGAGGUCAGCGGCACGCCUACGCCGACAAGUACGUCGGAGGGGGAGCAGCAGCAGAAAAAGGAGCAGCAGCAGCAGGAGGAGCAGCAGCAGCAGGAGGAGCAGGAGCAGGAGGAGGUAACGAAGCAGCCCAAUGUGGAGGAGCAGCAGCAACAGGACAAACUAGAGAAGGAUGACGAUGCCAGCGAGGAGAUUGGAACCACAGUUUAAAGCACACACACACACACAGAGGGGGAGGGGGAGGG